GGCGUCCCUGCGGGGAGGCUCCAGCAGCCAGCUUCGCUCCUUCCCUCCCCUCCUCCCCGAGCCCAGCCCGGCAGGAUGCCCGGAGCAGCCCAGCAUCAGCUGCAGAGAGAGGUGGGGCCCUGCUGGCGUCCUGGCAGGGGGAGAGGAGCUGGCCCUGGGGGUGGGCAGGCGAGACGGAGCAGAGGAGGGAGCAAGAAAUAAAUGCAAACAGCCCAUCGGGCUCUCGGGGGAGACGGGGGCCCAGGCGGAGCGCUGCCGCGCGUGCGGAGAGAGGAGGGGGACGCAGGGGGAUGUGGGGCUGGUGAGUGGUGCCCGUGCCCGUGGACGUGCGUGUGCUGCUCGUUUUCAUGUGCAAGAGGAGUGAUUUGUGCGUGUUGUGUGUGAGAAGUGUGCGUGGGGCAGGCGUGUGCUGGAUGCGUGAUGUGCGUUGCAUCCAGUGCCUUCUCCAGGCGUGCUGCGCCUCGCGCGCGCGUUCGUCUCGGGGCGGAUGUGGCUACUGCCACGAGCUCAUUAGGCAAAUAUUGUUUUAUAAUCGGUGCCAUAGCAAUGGUGAGGCAGGCUCCUCGCUGCCACCUGAGCCCUCUGCCUCGUCCACCGCACGCCCUGCAAACUCCGAGACCAUCUGCUGAUCCGUGCCACGGGCUGGAGCCUGCCCAGGUGCCGAUGCCCAUCACCUGGGCUUCGCCCGCCUUGCGGGGAGGGGAAGCAGCCCCCGGGGACUGGGAGCGGGGCAAGAAUCCAGCACCUGGGGGAGGGACGGAGGGGGUGAUGGCGGGAUGCUCCAGCAAGCAAACUGCAGGGAGGUCUGGGAGGAUGCGCACAAGUACGUAUGUAUGUGUGGGACGGGGGAUGCACGGGUUUCCGAGCCGGGAGUUUACUGGUAAUGGAGACAAACUGGAGGAGAUUUUUUCAAGACGGAGUUUAAUGCAAGAAUCUUAAAUCUAGGAAGGGUGAGAGGCAGAGACGGUUUAACCCACAAAAGAGAUCAUUGCUUUGUGGUUGGCAGUGCUUCAGAGCAGUACCUGUGUGUUCUGGGUACCUCUUCCUUUCACUUUCUUUUUCUCUCCUCACCAAACUUUACUCCAGGUGAAUUUCACAGCAGCUCACAGGCAGCACCUAUGGGACAGUUGCUGCUGCUGCUGCUGGAGCCUGUCUGGGAGAGGCUCCCAGUGGUCCAGGCACCCACGGGUGCUCACCUGCCCCACGCGCAGACCCACGGCCGGGUGAUGCCCGCUCCCGGCUGCUUGCACGCGGACACACGUGCGUGCCAGCAGUGCACGGACACGCAGCCCGCCUCGCACAUGCACCCACGCCGCGGUGGGGAGAGCUGCGCCGUCGGUCCCGCUGCUUCUGCAGCCGCCUAUCCUCGUCCCACCCCGGCGCAGAGCCUCGCCUGCCCAUCGCUCUCUUGCCACGCUCACUCCCCAUCUCUCCAUUUCUCCUUUAUGAAAUAUGCAUGGAGAACAGAUGUCGCCUUCUCCCGGAGCACCCCCACCCUCCUCCCUCCCUCCCUCCCAGCCCACCACCUCCAUCCACCCUCCAGGACCACAUCCAACCUCCACCUCCCUCCUCUCCCGGGGGCUCCAACCUCCCGCACAGCCAAUGGCAUCCCCCUCUCUUGGCUUUAAUAUUUAUGAGGGGGGGAGCACCGGAGCGGCCAAUGAGGCUGCCGGGGUCGGACCCGGCGUGCGAGGCUGGGGUGUAUAUAUAGCGUGCGGGGCACAUGCCUCCUCGGGGUGUCCAUCUCAACGCGCGGUGGCCCGCCGGCGCUCCUGCCCAAGGAGUGAGAUGCCAGGGCCCCGAGGCCACCGGGGCUCCCCCUGAGCCCCGGCCCCAUCCCGCCGAGCAAGACGCCAACUUUCCACCUCCUCGAUGGACGGAUGAGCCAAGCGGCUCCUGGCUCCCUGGAUUAUUUGAGCUUCUGGAAGGGAAAAGCUGGAGCCCGGGAAUGGUCGGCGGCUUGGCGAGCGCGCCGGAGGAGGUCGGCUCUGACACCUGACGGCUCCAAACCUGGGUCCUGCCGCGGCUGCACGGGGGAGCCCCCGGUCUCUGUGCACCUGCACGGUGCCAGCACCGAGGAUACUUAUUUAUUUAUUGUGUUUCUAUGCAUCCUGCCCUUUUAUUUACAUGGUUUAUUGUUGAAGUCGUCGCCCACCCAGCGAGGAAAAGGGAAAAAUUUUGAAAUUCCCUUGCAGGGACGGUGUGUGAUGAGGAGGAGGAGGAGGAGAAUAAGCAGGGGUUCGCUGUGAGCCGGGGACCUCGUUCAAGCCGAGCAGCUUUGCUUCGACGUGGUGCCCGCGUCAGUCUGUCCUGCAGUGCCUCCUGCCCGAAGCGUCCGUCCGUCUGCCUGCCCGCCCCUCCUCUGCGAAGAUGAUGCUCAACUCGGACCAGACGGAGAUCGACCUGCCCCCGACACACUCCGAGUCCGAGUCCGUCUUCAGCGACUGCGGCCGCGCGGGCAGCGUGGAGGACGCCAGCGGCGUCGGUUUGUGCACCCCGUCCCGCAUGGCCGAGCAGGGUGAGGCCGUGAAGAAAGACCUGCAGCACCUGAGCCGGGAGGAGCGCCGGCGCCGGCGGCGUGCCACGGCCAAAUACCGGACAGCCCACGCCACGCGGGAGCGCAUCCGCGUCGAGGCCUUCAACAUGGCCUUCGCCGAGCUGCGGAAGCUGCUGCCCACCCUGCCGCCGGACAAGAAGCUCUCCAAGAUUGAGAUCCUCCGCCUGGCCAUCUGCUACAUCUCCUACCUGAACCACGUGCUGGACGUCUGAGCCGCCCAGCCUGCGUCCAUCCGUCCGUCCGUCUGUCUGUCUGCCACAUCUCCUACCUGGACGUGUGCUGGGCAUCCGAGCCAAGAGCUCAAGUCCGUCUGUCCGUCCGUCUGCGACCUGCGCCACAUGUUGGGCACCCGAAAUGCUGUGCCUGCAUCCACCCGUCUGUCCGAAUGGACCGAGUCCCCGUCCGUCUGCUCUGCCCCCUCUUUGAACUACGGUCUGUAUUCCCCCACCACCAAGCCCAUGUCCGUCUGUCUGUCUGUCCUGAGCCAGGCUGGCUGUUCGGUCCUUCGGCCGUCUGUCUGUCCUGCUGGAUCUGCUGCCUCAAGGCCGUGCUGGCCGUGUGUGCUCCCAGCUCCUGCCCAUCCUCCUGCUGCACGUCCCGCUGAGAGCGCUGAUGGGAUCCUGAGCCCGCAUCCGUCCUUCUGUCCGCCACGUCCACUGCCUGACCCAGAGCGGGAGCCUCCAAGCCCGAGUUUCUCUGCGUCACCUCUUUUACACCAGCCACAAACCAGACCCGUGCAGCCCCAAGCAGCCCUGGGGGGCUUGUCCAUCUGUCCGUCCGCACCUUCGGCCACCGGGCACCCCACCAGCACAGCCGCUCGGGGCGCUGGGGCUUUUGCUGCCGUUCUGCUCCUGGCGUUGUGCUGGGCACCUGAGGCGCCACACGGGGACCUUCCUGCCACCCCAGCCUGCUCUGCCCAGCAGCAUCCACGGGCACAAAGCAGCCCCUCGGGGUUUGUCCUGGCUUGUCAGGAAGCACAGGGCAUGCUGCUCCGUCACAAGGCACCCAGAGCCACGCUGUCCCUGAUCCCAUCGCAGUGGAGCUGCCUCCACCCAGGGUCUGGCCAAGCCCCUCCAUUACACGUCUGCCCCAAAACCUCCUGCUUUGGGAGCAUCAAACCCCAAACCCAUGCAUCUCUGGCUUUGCUGCCCUGGACUCUAGUGCAAAAUGAGCGUGGAGCCCCCCCGGCCCUUUACUCGCUCUCUUUGCACCAACAUCCGUGACCACCCGGAGCAAUCUUCAUCCCCCUGCCCCCCCCACCCCAGCACUUCCUCUGCCUCCCCAGUUUUUGUUUUUGUUUUUUUUUUUAAGAGUUAAUUUUGCACUGGCAGCAGCAAGAGCACAAGCAGAGCCCUGCAGGGACCAGGACCGAGCCGAACCUCCGCCCAGCACACCAAAAGGCAGCGCUCUGCUGGCUGCAGGACAGGCAGGGGCCGGGCCCUUAGCGUGGGAGCGGGGAGAUGGAGUCGGUGGGCUGGAGGGGAAAUGUUCUUGGCGAGGGUUGGUGCCAGGUCCCGCAAACACCAGGGGGGCGGCCAAGCGGGGACUCCUCCUCCUCCCUCCUCACUGUCUGUCUGUCCUGCUGCCCGCUCCCCGCAGCCCCUGCCCUCCUGGGGUCCUGCACUCUGCUUUUUGCCCCCCUGAGAUGGUCACAGCCAUCCGAGCCCAGCUCAGGAGCUCGCCAGCCUCCCAGCUCCAUCCCUCUCCUGUCACCGCCGCCAGCUCCCACCAUCACCUCGCUCCAGACCUCAUCUCCCCGCUCCCUGCAGAGGCAGGGGACCCGCCGCUACCUCCGUGCCACCGGGUACCUCCGUGCCACCGGGUACCUCCGUGCCACCAGGACGUGCCAGGGGCUGUGGCAUCCCCAAGGGCCAGAGCAGGGCCCCAUCACCACGGCACUCAGCGGCCGAGCAAAGCAGAGCAGGGCAGCCCACCCUUCCCCUCCACUCGCAGACCACGUCCCUGUGCCACGAGGAUAUUUAUUGAAUUAAUUUAUUGAUAAAUGUUAUUAU